AUGCCUUCAGUUGUGACAGGAUGUACGGACGGGAUCGGGCUGAGUUACGCCAGGGAGUUGGCCCGGCACGGGAUGAAAAUCGUUUUGAUCAGCAGGAAUCCUGAGAAGCUUCAGGCAGUGGCUGAGGUUAUAGAUAAGGACUUCGGUGUCGAGACCUGCAUCAUUCAAGCUGACUUCACGAAACUGGAUAUCUACGAAGGGAUGAAAGAGAAGCUUACAGGCUUGGACAUUGGGGUCCUGGUGAACAACGUGGGGGUCCUAACGGAUCUCAAUCCCUUCUUGGACGUCCAGGAGGGAGAGAAAGCGUAUCAGGACAUGCUCUUCGUCAACAAUCUGUCCAUGAUCCGGUUGACCCACAUGGUCCUUCCUGGGAUGGUUGAGAAGGGAAAGGGGAUUGUCAUCAAUGUAUCGUCCAUUUCUGCC